AAAUUCUGGAUUCACCGGUGAUUCUCUUUUCUAAGGAAUGAAAGUUUCUGGUGGUCAGAAUGAAAGUUACCGGAGGCAGCGAGAUCACUCAGCGGCAUCAACUGCUUACGAGAAGAACCGCCGGCGGUUCCCGUUGCCCGUUGCUGGAAGUUGAUUCGUUCCCCUCUUUUUGGCCAAAUCUGUAGAAAGGGAUACUACUAUUGGUUAUACGAAUGCCUUCCCAGAUGAUUCAUUCAUGGACGUUCCGUGAGCUCUUUGGAGCUUUUCUGGAUCUUUGGUUAUCGCUUCUACUGCUAUGUGGAUCGGUUCUUAGCUUCUUUGCUUCCAAAUUCUUGGGUUUAUUCGGUUGGCACUUGCCGGACUUCUUGCAGAUGCUGCUUUUUGAUUUCCCGACUCAGAAGAUCACUUCUGUUCAGAUGUCUGUGAAGACCUACUUCCCAUUCGAUUCCAUCGGAAAGAAUGAACAAGGAUGCCAAUUGGGUGUUAGAUCAUUGGGAGCUAGUGACCGCUGUAAUGAACCUAAGGGGAUGGAGGGAGAAUCCUCUUGCAGCUCCAUCUCCGAAGCCGGUAGAAGAUCUCAUAGCUUUGCUCUUAGAAACUCAUCGCCUAAGAAGGAAUUGGGUGGGUUUGGAUUGAUGGGUUCUGCUGAACUUGAUGGCCGUGCUGAUGUUAAGGGGAAGGGAGUUGUGAAUCAGAGGCGAAGGUUUGGUUUACGUCGCCGGCGCAAAGCUGUUGUUGAACAUAGGAAAUCCUCAUCCGUUUCGUCUUCUGAUCCCCCAAGGCUUAUGAAGCGAGAGGUGUCUCGAUCUUCUUACGGAAUGAGCGAAUUUGGUCAUGAUUUUUCUGAAGAAGGCUUAGUCCCUAUGAAUUCUGCACGGAUUGCUCUUCCAGAUGGCAGGGAGGGGCACAACCUGCAUGGCUUUGGACUGAAUGGAUCAUUUGGUGAAAGUAAGGUCGUGGAAAAGGGUGCAUCAUCUCCUAGAGAAUUAGUAUGCAACGUUCGAGACGAGCAGCGGUUUGAUGGGAAUGAGAAAAAUGUGAUUAGAAUCUUGGAACAAGCACUUGAAGAAGAGCAAGGUGCUCAUGCUGCUCUGGAUAUGGAGCUAGAGAAGGAAAGAAUUGCUGCUGCAACUGCUGCUGAUGAAGCCAUGGCCAUGAUACUGCGUCUGCAAAAGGAUAAGGCAUCAACAGAAAUGGAGGCAAGGCAGUAUCAGAGGAUGAUUGAAGAAAAAUCUGCAUAUGAUGCAGAGGAAAUGGACAUUCUCAAAGAGAUUCUUGUGAGGAGAGAGAAGGAGAAGUACUUUCUGGAGAAGGAAGUGGAAACUUAUAGGCAGCUGCUGGAAGUUGAUGGAAAUGAUAUGGUGGAAAUAUCAGCACCAAGGUCUACUUUUCCAUGGGAUUCAAGUGAGAAUCCAGAACUGAUGAUGCGGAAGAUUGGUGAAUCUCUAGAUAAAAGAGAAAUAGAGAAAAAUGUGAAAACAUCAUCCAAUUAUGAGGCACAGAAUGUUGAGGGACCAAGUCCUGCUCAUGCUUUAGUGAAAGAGCUACCAUAUUCAGACUGGGAUAAGGAUGCCAAUCUACUGAAACAAGUGGAUUUUCAGAGGAAAGCAAGUUCCGAUAAAAGUCAUCCACUUGUGCCAGGAUCCUGUGAUGAUGGUAACCAAGAGGUUCAGGAGAAGGGAAUGGUAUCCAUGGAUGAGGAAAGAUCUGUUCUUCAAAGAGAAGGGCCGAUAUUAGAGAGAGAGUCCAGGCUAUAUGAGUUAAACAGCCCUCCAAAGCAUGGCUUGCUCGAGAGAACUAUUAUUUCAAUCGAUGAAGAACAUGGUCAAAAGAGUAAUGCUAGACAAUGUCAAGGAGUUGAAGUGAAGGCUGAUCCAAACCCUUGUGGGACUGAAAUCAAUUUUCCAUAUGAUGAAGAGUUGGAGAAGUGUGGGAGAAAUCCAGAUAGACGAGGAAGUGAUCAACAAUUUUCUAAGGUUGAGACUGGACCAAGUCUUUAUGAUGUUCAUGUAAUUGAUGAUGGAUCAAAGUUGUGCAAGGAGGAAGCUAGAGAAGAAAGUCAAGAACAGUUGGCAGACACAGCUUCUGACAAGUUUAGGAUGCAUGGUCUUCCAUUUGACCCCUCUGGUUUCAGUAGGAUUGAUGCAGCAACUGGGCAGCCAAGUACAAGCAGCACAGAAACGGAGCAAGAUGUUCGUACAAGCCGCUCUGAUUUGACUGCUGGGUUGCCACCAAUCAGCAACAGACGUGGAAAAUCUUUUUCCUAUUUGCGGAGGAAUUCCAUGUCUGCAGUGGAUGAUGAAAGACUGAAACUUGACACUGAAGUUGGGUGGUUAAGAGAAAGGUUGAGGAUAGUGAAAGAGGGAAAAGAGAAGCUGAGUUUUUCUUUGGAGCACAGGGAAAGGGAGAAAAUACAGCUGCAACUCUUGGAGGAUAUAGCAAAACAACUUAAAGAGAUUCGGCAGCUAACUGAGCCUGGAAAAGCUGUUAGGCAGGCUUCUUUACCCCCAAUAUCUUCAAAGGUUAGCUCAAAGAAACGCCGAUGUCGAAAUGUUUCCGUGGCACUCCACUAUAGCACCUGAAACAGAUCUGGCAUCUAGUGACUCAAUGCACUGGAGAUGGUUUAUAGGUGAAAACAUGUUGCAAUAACACAAGGUUAACACUGUUAACACUUGAAAACAUUGUCCACUUCUCGAUAGAGUUUUGGUCAAUCCAUUUCUGCCUUUAAUAAGUGCACCUGGACAGAUCCGAGGGAGGGCUUGUUGGAAUGAUAGUUUGCUAACAUAGUCUGAAUUUCAGAAGGUGACCUUCUAAAUGGUGAUGUAUUAUCACGAUCAGAAGCCUUCUAAGUUUUCAAAUGUUUGACACUCAUGAUACUAGUGCUUAUGGCUCACAAGAGUCUUCCAGUUGAAAAGGUGGCAGGAUGUUACCAGGAUGAGAAGUGGUGGGUCUGCUGAUGUCUUGUGGAGAGGGUGCCCUAAUGCUAUAGGCUGUUCAGAUAUUUUUCCGAGAGGGGAGGAAAAAAAAUCCCAAAGGAGAACUCCCCCUGGAUUUUUUUUUAAUUGUUUAUUAUUAUUAGUAUUUAUUUUUUGGGUUGAAGCAACCAUGUUAUCUACACAUACCUUUUGUUAAAUAAUAUGAAGAUGUAAUUUACUGAAGUUCGAUAAAUGAAAAG